AUGCAUCCCAGUGAAGAUUCUGACAAGACAAUUGUGUAUUCUGAGGAAUCCAAUACAACUAUCUCGUACACACAAAAAAUCACUAAUCCGCUACCAGCAGCCUCCAGAUCCACUCCUGCACUAUUUGGAGACAUUAACACCCCAUUUCUACAAGAGGACUACAUGCAAGAUUCUCAAAGUCGAAGGAUUUCUACCUUGAAACUAACCCAUAACCAGGACCUAGGAAGUAGCCCCCCUCAGACACCACAAUUUUUCAACCCCACUGAUGUUCCAUCAUUUCUGAAAAGGUCUUGCUCACCAACCCCUACCCCAGGACCUAACACACACACAUCUCUUUCCAUUCAGAUAGCUCCCCAUUCAGGGCAUGAUCUUGAAAGUCACCAACAGUUCCCUGAGCUGCCUCCAGAGAGUGAAAAGAUGCCUCUUCAGCAAGAGAGACAAACGUCUACAGAUGCCAAGACCUGUCAAUCCCCAGCGAGCCAGAUAACCAUCAAUGGCAACUCUGGUGGUGCAGUGAGUCCAGUGAGUUACUAUCAGAGGCCUUUUUCCCCUUCUGCGUACUCCCUUCCAGCCUCACUCAACUCCAGCCUUAUCAUGCAGCAUGGCAGAUCACUUGAUUCUGCAGAGACGUAUUCCCAGCAUGCCCAGUCUCUGGAUGGCACCAUGGGAAGCUCCAUCCCACUCUACAGAUCCUCAGAAGAAGAGAAGAGAGUGACGGUUAUCAAGGCACCGCAUUACCCAGGGAUCGGCCCUGUGGAUGAGUCUGGCAUCCCCACCGCCAUUAGAACGACAGUUGACAGGCCAAAGGACUGGUACAAGACAAUGUUUAAGCAAAUUCACAUGGUACACAAGCCAGAUGAGGAUACAGACAUGUAUAAUACUCCUUACACAUACAACGCAGGUCUGUACAACUCACCCUACAGUGCUCAGUCACACCCUGCUGCGAAGACCCAGACCUACAGACCCCUUUCCAAAAGCCACUCAGACAAUGGCACAGAUGCUUUUAAGGGAGCGCCCUCCUCAGGGCCUCCCCCCCAUGUCCCGCCACGACCAAGAGAUCAGUCCUCAACAGAAAAGCAUGACUGGGACCCUCCAGACAGAAAGGUAGACACCAGAAAAUUUCGAUCCGAGCCAAGGAGUAUUUUUGAAUAUGAGCCGGGGAAGUCAUCCAUUCUGCAGCAUGAAAGACCCCCCCCUCUCCCAACAACUCCAACACCUGUUCCCAAGGAACCCAGUCGGAAGCCUGUCUCAGUGUCACCCUCAACAGAUGGCCUGCGUAGCCCUUCCCCUCCACCCCGGAGCUGUGUCCCCACAGCACCCCGUCAGAGUCCGAGUGCCCCAGCUCUCUCUCCCACCCGGACUGGUCGCAUAAAUCCAGAUGACAUAGAUUUAGAAAAUGAGCCCUGGUAUAAAUUCUUUUCAGAACUGGAAUUUGGACGUCCGCCUCCUAAAAAGGCUCUGGACUAUGUUCGAGAUCCUUCUUCCGGUGUUUCCAAUGAGGCCUCCAUCUAUCAGUCCACUAUUGACAGAAGCCUGGAAAGACCCAGUAGUUCUGCAAGCAUGGCUGGUGACUUUAGGAAACGGAGGAAGAGUGAACCUGCAGUGGGCCCACCCAGAGGCUUGGGUGAUCAGAGUAUGAACAGGACCAGCCCGGGGCGAGCAGACCUCCAAGGAUCAAGUUCCACAUUGACGAAGUCUUUCAUUAGCUCUUCUCCUUCCUCUCCAUCAAGAGCCCAAGGUGGGGAUGAUAGCAAAAUAUGCCCAACCCUUUGUAGUUACUCGGGGCUCAAUGGCACCCCCUCUAGUGAGUUAGAAUACUGUAGCGCCUAUAGACAGCAUUUGGAUGUCCCCCGGGACUCUCAAAGGGCCAUCACCUUCAAGAAUGGAUGGCAAAUGGCCCGGCAAAAUGCGGAGAUCUGGAGCAGCACUGAAGAGACUGUGUCCCCAAAAAUCAAAUCACGUAGCUGUGAUGACCUCCUGAAUGAUGAUUGCGACAGCUUCCCAGACCCUAAAGCCAAGUCAGAAAGUAUGGGUUCUCUGUUAUGUGAAGAAGACUCCAAAGAGGGCUGCCCCAUGAUGUGGACUUCCCCCUACAUCCAGGAAGUGUGUGGUAACAGCAGAUCUAGAAUCAAACACAGGUCAGCCCAUAAUGCCCCAGGCUUCCUCAAAAUGUACAAGAAAAUGCAUCGCAUCAACCGCAAGGAUUUGAUGAAUUCAGAGGUAAUUUGCUCUGUGAAGUCCAGGAUACUGCAGUAUGAAAAGGAACAGCAGCACAGGGGUCUGCUCCACGGAUGGAGCCAGUCUUCCACCGAGGAGGUGCCCAGGGACAUGGUGCCCACCCGCAUUUCAGAAUUUGAAAAGCUGAUACAGAAGUCCAAGUCCAUGCCCAAUCUAGGGGAUGAGAUGUUGUCUCCUGUAACCCUAGAACCCCAACAAAAUGGUCUGUGUCCUAAGAGGCGGUUUUCUAUUGAGUCUCUGCUAGAGGAAGAAACUCAGGGUAGACAACCUUCUCAGGGUCAGCGAAGCUGCAAAUCUAAAACCCUGGUGCCCAUCCACAUCGAAGUCACAAGCGAUGAGCAUCCCAGAACACACAUAGAGUUUUCCGACAGUGACCAAGAUGGAGUUGUGUCUGACCACAGUGACUAUGUUCAUGUAGAAGGGUCAUCCUUUUGCAGUGAAAGUGAUUUUGAUCAUUUUUCAUUCACAUCCUCUGAAAGCUUCUAUGGCUCCAGCCACCACCACCACCACCAUCAUCGGCACCUCAUCAGUUCCUGCAAAGGCCGAUGCCCAGCCUCUUACACUCGAUUUACCACCAUGUUAAAACAUGAAAGAGCUAAACAUGAAAACAUUGACCAACCCAGAAGGCAAGAAAUGGACCCCAGCCUAUCUAAACUUGCAUUUCUAGUCAGCCCCGUGCCUUUCCGGAGGAAAAAGAAUGUGACUCCCAAAAAACAGACUGAACAGGCCAAAUGCAAAGCCUCUGUAGUUGAGGCUCUGGACUCUGCCCUCAAAGACAUCUGUGACCAAAUAAAGGCUGAAAAAAGGAGGGGAAGCCUACCAGACAACAGUAUAUUGCAUAGGCUUAUCAGUGAACUGUUGCCAGAGAUCCCUGAAAGGAAUUCAUCCCUUAAUGCUCUGAGAAGGAGCCCCAUGCACCAGCCUUUCCACCCACUGCCUCAAGAUGGUGCUAUUCAUUGUCCACUCUACCAAAAUGAUUGUGGGAGGAUGCCUCACAGUGCCUCCUUCCCAGAUGUGGACACAGCCAACAGCAGCUACCAUGCACAGGACUAUGGUAGUGCACUGAGUCUCCAAGACCACGAGUCACCUAGAAGUCAUUCAUCUACUUUGACUGACUUGGGAAGAAGUGUAUCACGGGAACGAAGAGGAACUCCAGAAAAAGAGAAAUUGCCUGCAAAAGCUGUCUAUGAUUUCAAAGCUCAGACAUCUAAGGAGCUAUCAUUUAAGAAAGGAGAUACUGUCUACAUCCUCAGGAAAAUCGACCAGAACUGGUAUGAGGGGGAGCACUACGGCAGAGUAGGCAUCUUUCCAAUCUCGUAUGUGGAGAAACUAACACCUCCAGAGAAAGCGCAGCCUGCCAGACCACCACCCCCAGUCCAGCCUGGAGAGAUUGGCGAAGCCAUAGCCAAAUACAACUUCAAUGCAGACACAAAUGUGGAACUCUCCCUGCGAAAGGGCGACAGGAUUAUUCUUCUUAAAAGAGUUGAUCAAAACUGGUAUGAAGGUAAAAUCCCCGGAAGCAACAGGCAAGGCAUCUUCCCUGUCUCCUAUGUAGAAGUCAUCAAGAAGAACACAAAAGGUGCUGAUGAUUACCCUGACCCUCCUAUACCCCACAGCUACUCUAGUGAUAGAAUUCACAGCCUAAGUUCCAAUAAGCCUCAUCGCACAGUGUUCACCCAUGACAACAUUCAAGGUGGGGGGGAACCGUUUCAGGCUCUGUAUAACUAUACUCCUAGGAAUGAAGAUGAGCUGGAACUCAGAGAAAGUGACGUCGUUGAUGUGAUGGAGAAGUGUGAUGAUGGAUGGUUCGUGGGAACCUCAAGAAGAACCAAAUUCUUUGGUACCUUUCCCGGAAACUAUGUCAAGAGGCUGUGAAUCACCUUCCUCCUUAUUUACUCCACAUUUCAACAACACAUAUGCAGAACUCAUCUGAAACAUCCCAGCAGGCCUGUCGCUGUCAUGCCUUACGGUUUCCAAUAGGCCAUUGCCAUCUCCACCUGCUGCCACCAGAUCACCAGCAGCGACUACCGCUGGGAGCUUCAGGGAAAUGUGGCAAACUUAUACUCGCAUAAAUGCAGUUUCCUUCUUUGAAAUGUUGUGGCAUAGAAUCAGAAUGAAAGUUGUCAUAAUUUUAAAAAGUGGAAUAGUUAAAGCAGAAGGAAAGAAAGAAAGAUAGGAAGGGAGGGAGGAAGGAAGGAAGGAAAGAAGGAAGGAAGGAAAGAAGGAAGGAAGGAGGGAAGGAAGGAAGGAAGGGAGAAAAAGAAAGACUCUCCAGGAAGCUUUCUGGUCUCAAGGCUGUAUUCCCACCUCUCUGGAAGGUGUUCUGUCCUCAGGAAGCCAGAAGACUGUUUUCUGAAAUGCUAUGAUUUGCAUUUUCACCCUCAGCUUGGCAGUAUAUUUCCCUUUCACGAGUUUGCCUAGUGCCCUGGUUUACACUAUAUGACAACUAUACUUCAGCUGUUAUUUGCCUGCACUUCUCAUAUAUUGUUUUAUGCACAGUGAUCAUAAAAUCUAGAGUGAAUAGAAAAGUUAAUUGGGAUGGGUGUGAUUUUUGUUAAUUGCAUUAAGUUUUCACAUAGGAGGUUUUUCCUGUUCAUUUUUUGUGUGUACUUAUUAAAAGUGCAAACAGUGAGUGAUUAAGAUCCCUUGGUCACUACCAUGACUAUCAUGAAGUUUUAGCCACACUGCAGGACAAAUCGUGUUGUAAAUUUGCAUUGCUGUUUUAUAUUAAAAUAUAAUCAUCAGCAUCAUGGACAAAGAGCUCUUAGUGUUUAUUUAUCUGUUAAAACUUAAAAGCAGUGUUAGUAAGAGGGGCAAAGAAAUGAAAGUAAUACCCAUAGGUAAGUUUCACUGUGUGUACACUUACACAUUCGAUUGUAUAAGGACAUAUAAAUCACAUGCUGUGUUGUACAUUUUAUGGAAAUGUAAAAGAUUACCAUAUUAUUUUAUAGAGUACUUCAGGAGCAUCCUGAGUGUUGCUGGCAUUAGCAAGGAUUAUGAUCAAUACAAUUAUUUUUACUACAACAAUUAUUUUUCUUCUAUGGAACCCAGAAUCCUGACUCCGUUUGUAGACAGGAAUAUAUAUGUUGAGCCUGAUUUUUCUGGUGUAUGUAACAUACUUCCUAGAAAUAAUAAAUUAGGCACUUUUAGAUAUAAUGGUUAAAUCAUUCAGGUUGUAUUUUCUGCCCCCAAACAACUGUACAAAAUGAUAACAAACCUGAAAGAUUUAAUGUAUUCACAGUGCCUGCGUUCCACAUAUCCUGAUACUUAGCUUUGUAUUUCAAAUGAAUUUGCUUAAGACCUGUUUGUCUUUGAAUCUUUAGCACCUUAUAGACAAAACUUUUUAUGGCUUUCCUCCAGUGGGCAAUGCUUGAUCUCCCACAACAUAGACCAUAGACUCUAGCAUUUUGUACAUAUGCUUUUUUUUUUUUUUUUUUGUACAGACUAUUAACUUGUUUAGGAAAUGGGAAUUUCCCAAUUUGAUCUUUAUCCUGCACUUAAGCUGAGUUUUAAUUCUUUCAGCAGAUCGCCCUUUAGGGUAUCUUGACAGCUCACAGGCUAGUAUGAACCUGGAAGAUAGUAUCUACACAAAAUUCUAUGAAUUGAAAAGAUCUUUGUAACCAAUCUAAAAUGCACAUAAAUCUGGCUACAGAGGAACAUCAUUAAGGGGAAGAAUAAAAAUACUUUUGAGAAACCCACUUUACUGUCCAGUUCACAGCCAGCUUUCUAUUAGAAAAAUUUGGGAUUGGAAGUCAGUCAGCCACAUGCAGCUUUGCUGAUGAAUGAACACUACUUUUUCAUAUCAUUUGUGAAAACAAAUCUUCAACUCUGUUGCCCGUUAUAUUGAAGAAAUUUUGCUGUUUCUACUCUCUGUAUCUGAUUUUAAAAGGAAAAAAAUAUUCACACCUGGCUUUCAGGUCAUUGACUUUGAAUUCUUACUAGCAAAGGUCACUGUGUUUUUCUUGAGUCGAUACUUAAUAAAUUUUGCUUGAAAGUACUUCUACUUUUUUGGCA